UCCUCCACCAGCAUGAGUGGAUAGAAGAGCUGAGAGAGAGAGUGAAAAAGCAGAACCGUGAUAGUUCAGUUUUCAGUUUCUCUGAAACUCAGCCAUGGCCUCAAUCCCAUGUACUACCCACUUACCCUUUACCUUCAAAUCCUCCCCUUCUCCUUGUUCUUUGUCCAAAUUCAACAUCCAGUUUCUGGGUAUGCAAAAUAGGCUGGGGUGGGUCAGACCCUCUAGACUUGGACCCUCCAAUGGCUCUAGAGCCAAGUGCUGGUUCAAGUUUGGUAAAAAUGGCGUUGAUGCUGAAGGUGCCGGCAUUUAUGGCAGCCAAUCCCGUGACGACUUCGAUAGAGAUGAUGUUGAACAGUAUUUUAAUUACAUGGGAAUGCUUGCAGUGGAGGGUUCAUAUGAUAAGAUGAAUGCUCUUUUAAGCCAAAACAUCCACCCUGUGGACAUCUUAUUGAUCAUGGCUGCCUCAGAAGGUGACAAGCCGAAAAUUGAAGAAUUGCUGAGAGCUGGCGCUAGUUACACUCCCAAGGAUGUGGAUGGACGGACUGCCAUUGAUAGGGCUGCUAGUGAUGAAAUCAAGGACUUCAUUCUUAGUUUUUCAGUUCAGAAGGCAUGAAUUAGAUUAUAUUUCUACAUUUUCUUGUUCCUCCGAUUUUUAUCACUACUAUCUUGUGGUAAGUUUGACUGUUCAAGUUAUUAUGACUUGAAGUGAAAAUUUCAAUGACUUUCAUCUCA